AUGAGCAAUCCGAGUGUACGACGUAUAGCGGACCGCAUCUCGGUCGUGAGCUUCCGAUUUGCUGCCCUGAACAUCGAACACCUUGAAGACUACCACAGCUAUCGCAACUCUAUCAAAUGUGACGGACACAGAAGAAAGCCUGACGUAGAGAAACACAAUCAACAGUGUCAUGUGAAGGUCGAGUCGCCUUGCAGUCGUCACCCUCGAGAACUGGUGUGCUCCAAUGUGACGGCUUCUGCGCGAGGAAUGUACAUUGAUAAAGCUUUGGAGAAGUACCAAUGUAAUAUUCGAGUGGAAGUCAGUUUGCCCUGUGGCCACAACCAGAACAUGACAUGCUACUCACACAGUGAAAUCGUGGCAGGACGGAGGUCAUGGUUGGUGUGCAACAAAGAGGCUAUCGCACCGCACGAGUACUCGGAGUGCAAACGCGUUCUGAAAUGCACGUGCAGCGAGUUUGAUCGAUACACGAAAAAGCUUGCGCCCUUAUGCAUUGAAAAGGUUGAGUUCACACCGCCUUGUCAGCACACGAUAUCACUAUCAUGUCACGACCGUCAGGACUGCGCCAGCGGAAUGCGUAAGUUUGUAUGCAAGGAGAAAGUCAGGAUGUCAUUGCCUCGAUGCAGCCACGAGAUGGCUGCGUCUUGCUCGACAGCAGAAACGCUAAAGAAAUGGUCUGGCGAGUCGUGCGCGACAAUUGGCGUCGUCCAAGAAGGCAACACAUGUGAGCGGGCAUUUGAGCUUGCGCAAAGUCCGUCGCGCGGCCAGGAACAAGUUGUGUUGACGAAUCCGGAAUGCGGUCAUGAAUACUCUACGACGUGUUUUGAAGGAAAAAGACUCCAGGAUAAGGUCGCACAAUGGUUGAAGAAGAUGGAAGAUGUUGAUCCGUUGGAAAUUUGCAAGAGGGUGAUUCUAGCAAGUAUCGUAAUUGCGAGCUCAAUAUCCAAUGCAGUCGUGAAGUGGUGUACAUUCGUGCCUGUGGUCACAAGGCAAAUAUGA